CCGCAUCGCAGCCGCAGGGUGCCACCGCGGGUGGCCAGCCCGCCGCGCCUGCGGGCCCGGCCGCCGCCGCGCGCGUGCCGCCGCCGCCCAGCGGCGGCGGAGUGCGCGGCUGCUCCUUCACUGUCCCUAACCCGGGCAGGAAGCGUGGGCAGCAGCAGCGCGGCAAGGGCCGCGGUGCCAGGGGCCGUGCCGAUGCUGGACCCCGUCUCGUUGACAAGAACGCGCUGUCCGCGCGCGGCAGCGGGCCCUCGCGCCAGUCGCGCUCGCCGUCGCCCGACUCUCCGCCCGCCAAGCGGGCCGCCUCCGCUGACUCGUCCGGCUAUGAAACCGAUACGCCGGACGAGGUGCAGCAGGAGGCGGUCCGCAGGGUAUGCGGCGCGCUCGGCAUGAGGGAGCAGUUCGAGGCGGCGAUGGCGGCGGGCGAGCUGCUCGAGAUGCUCGAGAGCUUGCCGCGAGGGGCGGUCGAGGCCUCUGUCCGACAGAUGCGGGGUUACAACCGCACGGGCGAGUGGCCAGAGCCCAUUCUCACCAGCCCUGCCCCGCAGCGCGGCCGCUCGCCAAGCCCCGUCGAUGAGUGGUCAGAUGGUUAG